AUGCUCCGUCGUCCUUGCCGUCGUCUGUCAACAACGACAAGAGUAUGCAGUCUCGACCUCCACCGCCCGCGCUUCUUCCAAUUGCGCUCGCUCUCGACCCCUGCCGGCGCAAAAAAGCCAUACUACCUGACUACUCCCAUCUUUUACCCCAACGCUGUCCCACAUAUUGGGCACCUUUAUACCCUGGUGCUUGGCGACAUCUUUGCGCGGUAUCAGCGCAUUCUUGACCCAACACGCCCAGUGCAUUUCCUUGCAGGCACCGAUGAACACGGUCUCAAGAUUCAGCAGGCGGCAGAAAAAGCGGGCGUUGAACCCAAGUCCUUUUGUGAUUCGCUGAGUGGGAAAUUUAGGGAAUUAGCGGACCGAGCAAGAAUCAGCUAUACCGUGUACAUGCGCACAACGCAGGAGCAACAUAAGAAAGCUGUUGAGCAUGUGUGGCUUACUCUCGAUCGGAAAGGCUUCAUUUACAAAGGGCAGUACGAAGGAUGGUACAGUAUCACGGAUGAAUGCUUCUACGCCGAUGCCCAGGUCAUGCCCGCAACUCUUCCCUCCUCUUCCUCGUCUAGAGGGGAAAAGCCUGCAAUGAUAUCAAUCGAAACAUCCUCUCCAGUUGAAUGGACGACCGAGCAAAACUACAUGUUCCGGCUAUCUGCGUUUCGUGAGGCUCUGGAAGAACAUUACCGAGAACAGAAGACCGAGGUACAUCCGCCGCCAUACCAUUCCGCUGUUCUGAAGAUGCUUGGCUCUGCUUCGUCCUCUACUUCAUCGUCAGCGGACGCGCCUGAACCAAUCCUGCAAGACAUCUCCAUCUCCCGCCCUCGUUCCCGCUUGUCAUGGGGCGUCCCGGUCCCCACCGACCCACUGAAUCAUACCAUGUAUGUCUGGUUUGAUGCUUUACUCGUUUAUCUUUCUGGCGUCGGUUAUCCGUGGUCGCAUCUGGGGCCAUCGAUACCAUGGCCAGCGGAUUUGCAAAUCAUUGGCAAAGAUAUCCUUCGGUUCCAUGCGUUAUAUCUGCCUGCCAUUCUCAUGGCGCUCUCCUCUCCAUCUCCCCCCUCCUCAUCCCCGUCUCCACCGCCACAGAAACUCCCGCUGUCAUCCAAAAUCUUAUCUCACGCACAUUGGACCGUUUCACGCCAGAAAAUGUCCAAAUCUUUGGGGAACGUCGCUGAUCCACUAGCCGCCAUGUCUACUUAUGGUGUCGACAUCGUCAGGUACUACUUAGCGAUAGUCGGCGGCCGAUUCAGGGAUGACGUUGAUUGGUCCCCAGAACAGCUCACUAAACACUCAAAAGAACUCCAAUCGCUCCUUGGCAACUAUUUCUUACGCGUCACGUCUGAGAGAAUCAGCGCUGUUGCGCAGCCGGCCACCGAGUCAAAUGCAUCCGAAACGAUAGAGGAACCGAACCCCAAUCGUUCACUUCUUCUCUCCGCGCGUGCCCUCCCCACGCAAGUUCAGAAAGCACUCGAUAAUCUCGAAGUGGGUGAGGCGCUCGAAGAAAUUAUUGCAUUGUUGAGACUGGCAAAUAAAACUGUCACAACCAUUGCACCCUGGUCGGCCUCUUGUCCUCCGACUAAUGUAUACGUUACUCAGCUGGUGGCGCUUGAAACGCUGAGAAUCACUGGGAUAUGUUUGCAGCCGUUCAUUCCGGACGUCGCGGAGAAGCUCCUGGACGGGCUUGGUGUGCCGGCUGGAGAGCGAGAUUGGGCGAGCGCGCAAAGUGAGGUGGAUUGGAGAGGUAGAGUUGUCAAGGGUGUGCGGCUUUUCUAA